AUGCUGAAGUUUUACAAGGCCGCCAUCUCGCCGCUCCUGCCCCCCGCCUGCCGCUUCCAGCCAACCUGCUCAGUCUAUUCGAUGGAAGCCUUCCAACGCUAUGGCGUGGGCAAGGGCUUUGUGCUGACCGCCUGGCGCCUGCUGCGGUGCACCCCCUGGGGCAACAGCGGCUACGAUCCGGUGCGGUGGCCGCCCGCCGGCCUGGAGGCAAUCUUCAAGGGCAGCGACUAG